AUGGGAGCCAGUGGGUCUGGCAAAACCACUCUCCUUGACAUCCUCUCCCACCGCAUCUCCCUCCCGUCCACACCACCUCAAAUGCCAUCUGCACUAGAACCCCUUCCUUCACCCUCCGCCUCUCCGCCUCCUGACAUCCCACCCUCAAUAGCUGCCCUCCCAACUCCCACCACCGCCCUCUCUUCUUCAAUAACUCUAAACGGAGCCCCUGUGACUCCCCUCUACUCUUCCACCCCUGCGCUUUCCCCUUCAAUAACUCUAAACGGAGCUCCUGUGACUGCCAGCACCAUGAGGCGGGUGUCAGCCUAUGUGAUGCAGGACGAUCUGCUGUUCCCGGCACUCACAGUGCGCGAGACGCUGCUGUUUGCAGCCGAGCUGAGGCUGGGGAAUGGCAGGGUGGGGCGGAGGGAGAAGGAGGAGAAGGUGGAGGGGCUGAUGCGCCUGCUGGGGCUCUCUCGAGUGGCGGAUUCACGCAUUGGGGAUGAGAACAGAAGGUACGUGAAUCGAGAUCCAAGAGUGUGGUAUGGUAUGACUGUGCCGGCGGGAGCAGUGGGGCAGAAGGAGAAGGUAGAGGGGUUGAUGCGCCUGCUGGGGCUCACUCGAGUGGCGGACUCACGCAUUGGGGAUGAGAACAGAAGGGGCGUGUCAGGAGGCGAGCGCAAGAGAGUAGCGAUAGGAGUGGAGAUGGUGGGAGACCCCUCGCUGCUCUUCCUAGACGAGCCCACCUCUGGCCUCGACUCCACCUGUGCCUUCCACGUCGUCAAGGCAGUGAGGGACGUGGCGAGAUUGCGGAACAGCAUCGUGCUCAUGGUGCUGCAUCAGGCAGUCAGGGACGUGGCGAGACUGCGCCUGAGCAUUGUGCUCAUGGUGCUGCAUCAAGUUAAACUAGGUGAAACCAUGGGAGGUGAGGUGAGGCCCGGUGAAAACUGGGUCCUCAAUCUCCUUGACAACCUCCUUCUCCUCGGAUCCGGGCACACGGUUUUUUGGGGCUGCCCGUCCGAGCUGCCAGGCUACCUCACGGAGUUUGGCUGCCCGGCGCCGGCCUUUUCCAACCCUGUGGAAUUCACGCUUGAUCUGAUCCAGUCGCUGCAGAUGGACGGGCAGCAGGAAGGGCAGGGAGGGCUGGGAGGGGAGACUGAGGGAGGGCAAGGAGGGCGGGGAGGUUUGGGAGGGACGAGAAGCCAGGAAGGGGGAAAUGUGGGUGAAAAGGGACAGGAGGGGCAGGAGGGGCAGGAGGGGCAGGAGGGGCAGGAGGGGCAGGAGGGGCAGGAGGGACAGGAGGGACAGGAGGGACAGGAGGGACAGGAGGGACAGGAGGGACAGGAGGGACAGGAGGGACAGGAGGGACAGGACAGAUUGAAGGGAGGAGAGGAGCAGGAGGAUGUAGAGGCACAGGGUGGGGUCAAGGUGAAUGGCGGGGCACAACAAGCAAGCGGCGGUGCUGGUACAUCUGGCAUCCAGCGAUUGGCUGAGUUUCACCGGGAGUGGGUGAGAACGAAGGAGAUAAGAGCAGGAGCAAAAGGAACGGAGAGCAACCUUCAAGCAGCAGCGGAGGUUCUAGAAGCAGAGGUUGGUCAAAGGGAAGGCGAUGGAAAGAAGAGCAGGAGCAACAGUGGCACGCGUGGAGUGCAUGAGCGGCUGGCCUUCAUUGCCUUCCUCACAUGCACGCUCUUCUUCUCGUCGGGGGAUGCAACUCCCCUCUUCAUACAGGAGCGCAACAUAUUUGUGAGGGAGACGACGCACAACGCCUACCGCCCGUCCACCUACCUGCUGGCCUCCACGCUCGUCUACCUGCCACUGCACCUCCUCAUGUCCCUCGCCAUCACCCUCGAAGCCUGGUGGUGUCUCAGUCUCACAGGAGGGGCGACAGGGCUGGCCUUUAUGGUGCUCGUGUGCUUCUGCUGCCUCUUCACUGGGAAUGCCAUUGCCACCUUCGUUAGUGCCACAGUCAACAAUGUCAUUCUCGCCUAUGCUAUCGUCAUCACCGUUCUGGCCAACUUUGCCCUCGUCUGCGGCUUCUAUAUUGAGCGAGCCAGCAUACCCUCUUACUGGCUCUGGCUACACUACAUAUCUCCCCUGAAGUACGCUUAUGAGGCGCUUGCUCUCAACGAGUUUGACCGGGUGACCUCGCUUUGUUACCUUUCUGCACGUGAUAUCUACUCCUCUACACCGCUCUCAGUUCUGCUCGAUGAGGUGGAUGUUCAAAGGUCACUCGUUGCGCUGCGCCCUGCUCUGAUUGGUUCUCCGUUUGCUGAGGUGUCAACAUCCACCUGUCUUCAGACAGGUCCUGAGCUGGCAGCAUUCUACCUGGGCCUAACUCAGCUUGACAAGUGGCAAUGCGUGGCGAUCCUCUUCAGCAUUGACAAGCCAGCGGCGAGCUCGUCCUUUCAGGCGACCAAGCCCAGAGCAACCACAGAUGGCGCUCGAACUGCUGCCGCUCCCCCCACAUAUCUGAUUCUCUCCUUUCCACCCGUAUCUCCCAUCAUAUUAUCCCACGCACUUUCAGACAAGCCAGCGGCGAGCUCGUCCUCUCAGACGGCCAAGCCCAGAGCAACCACAGAUGGGGCUCGAAAUGCUCCCGCUCCUCCCACAGCCACCGCUCGAGCUUCUGCUCCUGCCGCCGCUCCUACCGCCGCUUUUCCAGCGAAAGAUAAGGUCCAGGAGGCGGCAGUAGGCUCCAAGACUCCUGAGAAAGCAUCGUCAAAACCUGUCACUGGGACAGCUGAAGCGUCCCCGGCGAGAUCGGCUUUAACGGCUGAAAAUGCAUCGGCAGCAGCAGGAGGAGGAGGCUCAGCAGCAGGGAAUUUGGUGAAGGGAAAGGAAGCAGAGGCGAAGGCGGCAGUGGGUGGAGGUGCGAAACCGGAGGUCAGUGAGGGGAAGGACGAAGUGGUAAAGGAGGAGGAGAAGGUGGAGAAGGAGAAGAAAGCGGUGAAGAAACCGACCAAGAUAGUGAAGCUCGUCAAAGGGAAGCUGACCAAGCCACAGGCUGAGGCCGAAGCAGCAGCAACAGCAGGAGCAGGCGGUGAGUCUACCUUAGUGCCAUCUGCAGCUGCACCUAUCGUCUCACCAGCCUUGGAUACCCCAUCUGUGAUUGCAGCAGGAGACGCAGCAGCAGCGCCAGUGGCUUCACCAGGAGUUGACGCUUCUGUCCAGAUUGCCUCAUCAGCAGCGGUAGCAAACCAGGAGGUGUCAAGCGGUGCUGUGGAUGGGGCAGGUGUCGUUGCGAAGGUAGAAGAGGGCGAGGAGGGAGGAGCAGGGUGGGCGAUAGACGAGGUGUUACCUGGUAACCAGGCCACGGUUCCUGCCAGUCCUCGUCUGGGCGACAAGCCGGAUGCUGAAUCAGCAACCUCUGCCCCCGAGCCUGUUGCUGCAGCUACGGCUGAAGCUGUUGCCGAAUCGGAGGUUGAGGAAGAGCCCAAACCUACACCAGGUUCGGCAGAAGGCGAAGCUGUUGCAGGAAUGGGAGCGUUUCAGGCAGAGGAAGGGGAGGGGUGGGCGGCAGUAAUUGAAGAAGAAGAUAUUGUAACGAAUGGGGGAGAAGCAGCUUUCCCUGGUACAGAUGCUGGAUCGAGAGAUGGCUUUAAGAAGUCAGAGGACGCUGCAGCAGGGGAUGACGCUGCAGGUGCUGCUGGUUCUGCCGCGGGUGCAUCUGCAGACAGUGCUGCUGUUGAUGCUGGUGCUGGGGCAGGUACUGGGGCAGGUGAUGACGGUGCCUCAGCUGCUGUGGCAGCAGCUAAUGCUUCGUCCACGCCUCUGCCGUUCAGCGGGUUUGAAGCAGCCUCAGAGGCCGUUUUCAGCAUAGAUGAUGGGGAAGGGGACGGGGAGGAGGACGGGGAGGGUGCCCCUGCGCCAUCCCCUGUCAAACCCUCCCUGUCACCACCAGUUAGGUCACCAGUCCAGUCGCCAGUCAAGUCACCAGUCAAACCACCUGUCAGAUGGGCUGCUUCGGAAGUCGAGGCAGCAGCAGGUGACGAAGCAGCUGCAGAAAGGGAGCCCGCAGUUGACAGCGGUGCUGCUGCUUCUGAAGGAGGCGAACGCGGCUGUGAAGCUGCUGUGCAGACGAGUGAAGAGGAAACAAGGUAUUUGAAUCAGGAAUCAGGGGCAGACGAGGAGAAAGUGGUAGCGCAGAUUGAUGUAGAAGCGGAGGCAGAUUCGGGGGAGGCAGAUUCAGGGGAGGUGGGCUUAGGGAAGGUAGACCCAGGGCAGACACAUGCAGGGGAGGGGGCAGAUGUGCCGUCCGAAGAAAGACUCAUGCCUGCUGCUCCAGCUGCUGCUGAAGGUGCUGAAGCUGCCGCAGCAGCAGCUGCUGCUGAAACUGCUACCGCUGUUGCUGCUGAAGCUGCUGCUGCUCAAGAGGGAGUGGAAGGAGCGUGGGGAGAAGGAGGGCGCUCUGCUGCUGGGAAUGGCCUUGUGAACGUGCAGCAUCCAGUGAGUCCAUUUGAGAAAAUGGGUGCAGCAGAGAAAGCGGGUGCAGCUGGUACGGAUGGGAAUGGAUGGGCUGUGGGCAGCGGUAGGGCUGAGGAAGAGGCGGUUCCUGCUGGUGAUGCUCCUGGGGAGGAGGUGGCGCCUGGGGUGGUGGUCAAUGGGGAGGGUGUACAAGGCACAGCAGGUGCAGGGGCAGGGGAAGCAGCAGCAGGCGCGGUUGCCUUAGUGGAUGCAGCAGCGGCAGAGAUGGUGGGAAGCGAUACAGCAGCAUCGGUUGAGGCUGGUUCUGCUGCUGCUGCUGCUGCUGCUGCUGUGUCUGUGGCUGAGAAUAUUUCAGACGCUGGUGCAACGGAGGCAAGGGGAGCGAAUGAGAGUGAAGGUUCCGACGGAGCAGCAGCAGCAGCAGAGGCAGCAGAGGCAGCAGAGGCAGUGCCUGCUGAAAAACCGCCACCAGAAGCUGCUGCUGCAGAAAAAGGUUCUUCCGUUGAACAGGCAGCGACUGUCGCAGCAGUGGCAGCAGAAGGGGAAGCGCUGUCUGCUGAAACGGCAACAGCAGCAGCAGCAGCAGUGGCAGCAGCAGAAGCCCUAUCCACAGAGAAGGCAUCAUCAGCUGCAGCGGCAGCAGUGGCAGAGGCUCUCUCGUCCGAGCUCCAAGCGGAGUUGGUGAGAGUGAAGAUGGAGCUGGCAACCAUGGAGAGUGCCUUGCAGAAUGCGGGCAAGCAGGCACAGACCAAGGCGGACGAACUGGCGAGAGCGAUGACUGUCAACGACGAGCUUCGGGCCGAGCUUGAAGAUUGGAAGGUGAGCGACUGGGCAAGUGGUUUGCAGAAUGCGGGCAGGCAGGCACAGACCCAGGCGGACGAGCUGGUGAGAGCGAUGACUGUGAAUGAUGAGCUUCGGGCCGAACUGGAGGACUGGAAGGCGAAAAAGAACAAUGAUGCGGAGCUCGAAGCUCUACGGGAGGAGUACCAGCACCGACUGGGGGCAGCUGAAAGAAAGGUGUAUGCGCUGACCAAGGAGCGGGACAUGCUGCGGCGGGAGCAGAGCCGCAAGGCGGACACGUCGACGCUUCUGAAGGAGAAGGACGAGAUCAUUCGGCAGGUCAUGGCGGAAGGCGAGGAACUUUCCAAGAAACAGGCUGCACAGGAAGGGGCCAUGAAGAAGCUUCGCACUCAGCUCCGCGAGAUGGAGGAGGAGAGGACCCGGCUACAAAAUCGGCUGCAAGUGGAGGAGGCUCGAGUGGAGAGCAUCAAGAAAGACAAAGCAGCCACCGAAAAAGCCCUUCAAGACGCAGUAGAGCGCGGGCAGGCGGAUCUCGCUGCCCAAAAAGACUUCUACGUUUCUGCCCUUUCAGCUGCCCGGGAGGCGCAGGCAGCAGCCGAGGCGCGGGCGGACAGCGAGGCAAAGGCGGAGGCAGAGAGAAAGUUGAAGGAGGCAGGGGAGAGGGAGAGGGCGCUGGUGAUGACUGUGGAGGAGCUCAGACAGGCUCUCACGCGGAGCGAGCAGCAGGCAGGGUUCCGAGAGCAGAUGCUGAGGAGGGACCUUGAGGAUAUGGAGAAGCGGUGUCAGGCAGCGGAGGCUCGGCACGAGGAGCUGGUGGCUCGGAUACCAGAGUCGACCCGCCCGCUGCUGCGGCAGAUAGAGGCGAUGCAGGAGUCGGCCAACACGCGCAUGGAGGCCCUCUCAGGGGUGGAGCGGGCGCUGAACGCCCGACUGCAGGAGGCGGAGGCGAAGGCGGCAGUGGCGGAGGAGAGGGAGCGGGUGACGAGCGAGCGGCUGAACCAGACGCUGUCCCGCCUGGCAGUCAUGGAAGCCCAGCUCUCCUGCCUGCGCGCCGAGCACUCCCAGCUCUCCCGCUCCCUCGACAAGGAGCACCAGCGGGCGGCAGAGAACAGGACGGAGUAUCUGAGUGCGCAGGAGGCGAAGGUUGCAGCGGAAGGGCGGGUGAAAGUGGUGGAGGAGGAGUUGAGGGAGGUGAAGGGGCGGUGGCGGAAAGAAGUGCAGGAGGAACGGCAGCGGAGGGAGCUGGUUGAACAGGAACUGGAGAGCGAGCGGGCAUCCAUGGCUGAGCACGAGAGGAAGAUUCGGGCAGAGGGACGGGCUGCAGCAGAGAAGGCAUUGGUUGCAGCGCAUGCAGCAGCAGGCUCGUCCUACCCUGAGCUCUCAGUGCGCCAGUCCCUCCGCCGGGUCCCCAGCAGCAGCAGCGCGGGCAGCAGUGCCAUCGAGGAGGCAACAGCGUCGGGCAUCCUCGCGGCCUCGCUGCUCCCUGGAGGCUCCUCCUCCCACUCUGACCUCCUCUCAGGGGCGAUUAUCGGCGGCACCAGCAGCAGCGGCGGGGGGGGCGGGGGGUUUGGGAUGCUUGGUGCUAGUGCGUCCAUGGGGGCGUUGGGGGGAGGAAUGGGGGGAGGGAUGGGGGGAGGGGUGGGGAUGGGGUAUGGAGGGGCGAGUGGUGGAGGUCUGCUGAGGCCCAGUGCUGCGAAUGCUGCGACUGUGGAGCAUUUGGAGUCGCUUCUGAGGCAGAAAGAUGGAGAAAUCGCCACUCACACUGCAAGACUGGCCGCACUGGAGAGCACCCGUGACUCGCUAGCUGAAGAGCUUGUAAAGACGACGACGCAGUGUGAGAGUCUGCGCAGUGAGGUGACCCAGCUGCCAGGGCUGAAGGCAGAGCUUGAGGCAAUACGGAGGCGGCAUGCUUCUGCUCUGGAGCUGAUGGGGGAGAGAGACGAGCAGGUGGAGGAGCUAAGGGCUGACCUGAUGGAUGUGAAGCAGAUGUAUCGCGAGCAGAUCGACAUGCUGGUGGAUCAGAUUCAGAAGCUUGGGAAGGAGAUGCAUGGGGGCAGCUAA